GUAUUUUGCCCAAUAUUGCCGAUUGUGAAACAUAUUAUCAUGUAUAAAAAUAUUUUAUCAAGGUCAUUACUUGGUAAAUCCGCUAGUUUGUUCAAAGGUUCUGUUGAAAGCGUUAGGCAAAUUAACUGCGGGAUUUGUUUAAGAUAUCCUAGGCAAACACCGAAGCCAAACAACCAAGCCUCUCCAGCAAUAGCUAGCAAAUACCAGGUCAUAACCGAUAGUAAUGCGACUGUGAUAGAAAAUACGGCAGAAGAGUUAUAUAAGGAGGAAAGCAAAUACCCUGUUUUUAGUGACGAAUUCGAUGGUGUUAACCUGGAAAGAGGAAAAACUGGCGUUUUUGAAAUUGAAGAUUUGGUAUCAUUACUCCAAAGAGAAAACUCAAAAGAUAUAUUUGUAGCAACUGUACCCCAGAGCAUAAACUAUGUUGAUUACAUUUGUGUUGUUAGUGCCCGUAGUAAAAGACACAUUUUAGCACUGGCCGAGUUUGUCAGAAAAGUUUACAAGAAGAAAUGUUACAAGUCUGACUCAAUACCAAGGAUUGAAGGCAAGGAUUCUGAGGAAUGGAUGGCGUUAGAUUUAGGCAAUAUUGCACUGCACAUUUUCUCUGAGAAAGCAAGAAACGCCUACGAUCUUGACUCUUUGUGGGCGGUAGGACCAGAAUAUGAUGAACAAAUGAAUAAAAAACAUGAUGUGGCAGAUAUUUUCCAGAAUUAUAGUGAAUAUCUGAAAGACCUCAAGCCACUAGCAUAGCUGUUUAAUUUACCAAUAAAACAAUUAUUU